UUGUACCGCUAACCCUCAGUGAGAUCCCGUGCCGGGGAUUCGCCACCCUCCAGGAGCCGAAAAGGACGGGACGGGACGGCGUCGCCCCUCAUCCUUUGCGGAUAGACCGGCAACGAGCACACCUUCGUUUUCUGGACACAUCUCGGUUGUGAUCCCUACCCAGAAAAUCUUGUUUUCGGGGCGGUGGGAGGACGCUUGCAGGGCAGCGGCUCCCCGAGCACCCCCCAAACGGUUCUCGAUGUGACUCCCACCCAGGAUGCACCAUGUCUCCCCGGCACCGGCUCUGACGAUGAUGGCCACCCAGACGGUGCCCCCUCCUCCCUACCAAGACACCCCGCAGAUGACAGCCACGGCCCAGCAGCCCACCAAGGCACCCCAGGCGCAGCUGGAGGCCGACAAGCGAGCUGUCUACAGGCACCCGCUGUUCCCGCUGCUGACUCUGCUCUUUGAGAAGUGCGAGCAGGCGACGCAGGGUUCCGAGUGCAUCACCUCAGCCAGCUUCGACGUUGACAUCGAGAACUUCGUCCACCAGCAGGAGCAGGAGCACAAGCCCUUCUUCAGCGAUGACCCCGAGCUGGACAACCUGAUGGUGAAGGCGAUCCAGGUGCUGCGCAUCCACCUCCUGGAGCUGGAGAAGGUCAACGAGUUGUGCAAGGACUUUUGCAACCGCUACAUCACCUGCCUCAAAACCAAGAUGCACAGCGACAACCUACUCAGGAACGACCUGGGGGGGCCCUACUCCCCCAACCCCUCCUCCAUCAGCCUCCACCCCCAGGAGAUGCUGCAGAGCUCACCUGUGGCGCUGCCGCCCGCCUCCAACCCGCCGCCGGGCAUCGUGGUGCCGGCGGCCGCACUACCGCCAGGCAACUUGGCCAUGAGCGCUGGCAGUGGCUCACCCGCUGUGCCAGGUGGAGCCUUGUACCAGCCCGUGACGAUGGUGACGUCGCAGGGCCAGGUCCUUGCCCAAGCCAUCGCCCCCGGUGCCCUGCAGAUCCCCAACACCCAGGUGAACCUGGAUCUCACCUCCCUCCUCGACGGUGAGGACAAGAAGUCCAAGAACAAGCGAGGCGUCCUGCCCAAACAUGCCACCAACAUCAUGCGCUCAUGGCUCUUCCAGCAUCUCAUGCACCCCUACCCCACAGAGGACGAGAAGAGGCAAAUCGCUGCCCAAACCAACCUCACCCUCUUGCAAGUCAACAACUGGUUCAUAAAUGCCCGGCGGCGCAUCCUACAGCCGAUGCUCGACGCCAGCAACCCGGACCCAGCCCCCAAAGCCAAGAAAAUCAAGUCUCAGCACCGGCCCACCCAGCGGUUCUGGCCCAACUCCAUCGCCGCUGGGGUUCUGCAGCAGCAGGGUGGCAAUUCGGGGACAAAUCCUGAUGGCUCGCUCAGCAUGGACAACCUGCAACCCCUCUCGUCAGCCACGGCCACCAUGGCCAUGCAGCAGGCCAUGCUGGCGGCCCACGACGACUCCCUCGACGGCACCGAGGAGGAGGAGGAGGACGAGGAGGAUGAGGACGAGAUGGAGGAGGAGGAAGAAGAGGAGGAAGAGCUGGAGGAAGAGCCUGGUGGCCUCCCAGCGGCGCCCAGCGCCGACCUCGGCUUGGACCACAGUGACUCGCUGGAAUAGCUCCUCCUGCGCCCUCCCCAAAUCAUUGACGGCACCGGAAACAAAACUCCCGCAAAAAUGCCAAAAAAACCCGGCAAGAACAAAAACAAAAUUGGUGAGAAAAAAGCAAAUUGGAGGCGCUGGCAGAUGCCCUGGCUGCCUACGGGAGCACGGGGACCACCAUGUCGGCGUGUGGAAGUGAAGGACACAUGUUUACAAGGCACAUAUUGUGGCCAGAUUAAUUUUUUUUUUCAGGUUUUAUUUUUAUUUUCCCCUUCCCUUCGUUUUUGGUAAAAAAAAGCGUUUUUAGGGGAAGCUGUUUUUCCCCACGCGAUGCUUGGAUGCUGUUGGGCGACACCAGGUUUUCACCGUGGGCCACUGCGUCCAUCACUUGGAUUUCUUGGUGCAAAAAACCCCCAUCCCCACCCCAAGACUGAUGCUUUUUGGGUUCUUCCCCCAAAAAGAUGAUUCACAGGCAUAAAUAUUGGCACGCGGAGAAAAAAAAAAAAAAUCGGCGAGUGCAAAUUCUGCUUCAGGUCGGAUCUGAGGAGGGUUUGGCACUCUUGACCCACCGGAUUGCCCAAACCUCCCUGUUUUGGCCCCAAUCCUGUGGCCGUUUGGUGACUCCGGAUGCAACUUUCUGGAAAAGGGAGGAAAUUCCCCCAAAUCCUUUAAUUUAUGCGCUAAAAACCCAUCAAAUCUGGAAAAAAAACCCAUCCCAUCCUCGUCCUUAAGGGCUGAGACUGGACGCAGAGUUGGGGCAAAGGCUGCCGGGAGCAACUUUCCCAGGGUGUUUUGGCACCGAGUCAGGAAAAAAUGGGGGGGAAAAAGGGUUUAAAAAGUACAGAUUUUCACCCAAAAUUGAAUGGUGACCCCCAAGAUUUGCCCGGGUGGAAGGAAAUUCAAUAUUGUUGCUGGAAAGAUGGUUUCUCCUUGAUAUUGUCCACCCGCAUGGGAAAAUGGUGGUUUUACCCCAGACGAGCCAUGGGGGAGGGCGGCUCUGCAAAAAACCAACGUAUUUUGGGUUUUUUUUUUUAAAUGCUAGCAAAAGGGCAAAUUUCUCCUUAAAAUGUGGUGUGGGGGAAAUGCAAAAGCAAACCCGGGUGAUGCGGGGCAAAAAUAAUAAAGGAAUUUUCUUCUGCAGGUUCCUCCUGUAAAUGCAGGUUUCUGUAAGAAGGAUCUUUUUUUUUUUUUUUUGCGGCUUUUUGCCGGUUUUGUCAUUUUUUUUGGCUCUUGAAGAGUUGAGAAAAAAAAACAAAACGAGCAGCCGGGGGGGAAAAAAAAAACCGAGCGAUGCAAUGGGCAGAAAAGCCUAUUUUUCGAUACUGAUCUGGCGUGAAUGUAAUCUGUAAUUUCAUAAAGAAUUCAUUGUAAUUUAGUAUUAAUUCAUGGCCAUUUAUUAUAAAGUGCUACGAGAUGAGGU